CAUUUGACAACCACAGGCAGGAGACGAUUAUCUACUGAAAAAGAUCCUGCAUCAUUGUGUAGUUUUAUUACAGUAAAGUGUUUAAUUUUUCUGAAAAUUUAUGAUACUACAUAAUUUAGUUUCCAUGUAGAUAUAAAAAUGUCUUCGCAAAAGCCCGAUAAUUUUAAAGAUACGGUGAUCGUGCUCAUAAACGCUCUAGGAGAUAACGAUAAUUCCGUCAACAACGCUGUAAUUAAAUCCCUGGCAAAGAUAGCGAAUGUGUAUCCAAAUGAAGUUAUUGCAAUAUUUUGUGAGUUUUAUCGGAACACUGUUAAAUCGAACCUCGUACAAUUGGGAAAUAUCGUUAAAGUUCUAGAACAGACAUGUGUCAACCAAGUAAAGAAAAUAGAUCAAAAAGUAGCAGCAGAACUCAUCAAUUCCAUGCUUCGAGCUAUGACGGAGAAUACAACGUACGAACCAGUCGUACAAAUGGGGGCAUCCUCUGUUUUAGUAGCUAUAAGUCAUGAGUACUUGGAUCUGGUAUUACGUUUGCUUAUAAAUCAAAUGACUCCGGCAUCAGUACCUCACUACACGAUUGCUCAUACAUUGGGCACACUGGCUGCCGUUAAUACACAUGGAGUGGUGCCACAUGUCAAGGAGAUCCUUGGCAAAAUGUUGCCAUUACUGCCUUUGGUCAAACAGGAUGGUGUCAAACAGGCCUUUGCUUAUGCAUUCGGCCAUUUUGCUGUCGCGGUAUCCGAACAAAUAGGUGACAACGUCCAAAACGACAACAUAACAUCGAUAAAAGAUAAUUUUGUCACAGAAUUCGCAAUCGUGUUUGAUGUGCUAUACAACCAAUGGCUACCGUCACACGAGCCAAAAGUAUCUGAAUCAGUACUUGAAGCUCUCGGGCCCAUCACUAGACUCAUAUCUGAGAGACAAUUUAAUGAAACUGUUAAUAAAUUUGUAUUGUCUCUUUUAUCGCUAUAUCGGAAACAAGCGAUCAAUUUCUACUACAUUAGUCAGUGCAUUUCUUAUUUAUUAUCCCCAUCUCCCUUAAACCCAAAAUUGACCUUAAGUGAUAACGUUAUAAACUCAAUCAAUAAUGUUCUAUUCAACUUGGUCCUUUUGGAGCCAGAUUAUGACCAACCGCAUACAGUGAAGAAUCACUUUGAAGUAUUGCGUUGUUUUGAUCAUAUGACCGGCCAGUUUCCGGAUCAUACUGUCGAGAACUUGUUGCACCAUUGUAAAAAUAACCAGGAGAAAGAAAGGAUGAAGGCUGUUAUAAUUUUAACGCAUUUAACGACAUCGUCUCAAGUUUUCAUUGACAAUUUCGCGUCAAAGUUCAUAAUUAUCUUAAAAGUAAUGGUCGUAAUGGAACAGGGAGUGAAAAUGAAAAAAUUGCUCGUCAAAGCGAUCGUUGGUCUGGUAUACAGGAAUUGUAUAAUGUCUGCUGAAGACUUUGCUAUGGUCGAAUUUAUAAUAAAAAAUUGUGGGUACGAAAGUACACCGAAUAUUCCAAAAUCUGAAGUCCUCGAUUUGCAGGACACUUGUAAAAGUUCACUUAUUCUUAUGUGCAAUACCGUUACGAGUGUUAGGACGCAGUUACGCAGCUUGUUGCUGUACUCUCUCACUGUUGAUGAAUUUACUCCAUCCAUGUCAACAGUGUGUCACUGUUUGACAUCUUUGUUCCAAAAUAAUUCUGAGAUCACCAAUCAAGAACAGCCUAAUAAAGACGUUGAUAGUAUGAUAGUAUGUUCUCCGGAUUUAGUUUUUGUGCGCUGUAUAACUCACGUAGUUGAUCCUGAUCAAAGAGACUUAAAUAAGAACUUGCUGCUCUUCCUCGAAGAAUUUUCCGGUGAUGUACAUAAGAACUUGAAAAAUUCUUGGACUGUAGAAAUUCAGCGGCUAUUAAAAUUCGUUGAAAACAAUGAAUCGAAGGAACAAUGGCACGGAAUGUUGUUGGAUCUAAUGAUUACUGCUGUGGAGCAAGUGAACAAUAAUAAGUGGGUGGAAACUAUAUCGACAUUAAUAUCACAGCAAAUUCUUUCAAAGAAACAAACUCCUAUGAUUAAAGGAGUGUCUCUUCAGUAUUUGGCCAUACUCUCGUGUCAUAUGUCCAAUGCAGCUGUGGUAGAAAAUGUGCUUAAAAUAAUUCUGUUUGCCCUAAAAUCGAUUCCAAUGGAGAGCGUUGAGUACGUGAGUAAAGCUGUAGGUAUCGCAUCGCGAGAACAUGGCGAGUUCGUUAUGAAUGAAUUAGAUGCGACUUACAAAGAGAACGAAGCGAGACGUGGCAACAAAUUUCUUAAUUUCUUAUCAUCGAGAUCGUCAAAGAGCGAAGCUGAAUUAGCAACGGUAAAAUAUGCAGCAAUAACGUGCUAUGGCAAAGUUGCCUCUGAUUGUCUAGAUGUGCACGUGUUGGCUAGGCUAGGAGAAAACGUUACGUCUAUAUUAUUUGAUAUUUUAAAAUCGAAUCCAUCUUACGACUUGUGCAAUGCCAGCGUAACGACUUUGUACGAGAUAGCUAAAGCUUUACAUCCGGCUUCACAUCAUAACGUAGCUCUCAGAAACCGCUGGCAAUUGUUAAAUGCUGUCUUAGAACAAAUAUACAACUCGAAUCUAGAUAAGAGAAACGUUGAACUAUAUCCAAUAAUUGUAAAAGCUUCAAAAGCUCUGACAAAAUUACAAAAAGGGAUUUUGCCCGAAGAAAGGAAUACUAUACUACGAGUUCUAUUUAAUAGCAUUUUUGGAGAACUAUCUUCUUUUAAAAGAAAGUAUGAGAUAGAAGGAAAUGGUGACAAAAACGAUUUACUAGCGAAAACAUUAAACGACUCGUUGACUCUCUUACAUGAGUUAAUCAGAGAGUUAAUUAUUCAAUCAACCUGCUUGAGUACGAUUGAUGAUAUAGUCAGCUUGUUAAUUGAGUGGAUGCGUCACGAUAACGAUGAGAUUCGCACCGCGGCUAUGUUAAUAAUGCACGUAGUUUUAGACGCGUACAUCAAAAAUGUUAAACUUAAUUUUGAAAACCCGAGCAAAUUCGGCCAAAUGGGUUAUUUGUUGGGACUUAUCGUUCCCGGUGUAGCUGAUUCGAAUUUCCCAGUAAGGUUGUCGACAGUUGAUUGCAUAAAAUUAAUAAUUCAAAUACAAGAUCUGUACGAAGGUCACACGAUUGAGCCUGACGACGAAUGUAUGGUGAGUCUGUCCCAAUUGCAGAAUAAUAUACUGACAAAUGAUUUGAACAUGAUAAGCGAAUAUUGCACUAAAUUGUGCGAUGCAAUAUGGCAAAAAAUUCCUCAUUUACACACGAUGCAAUUUAUAGAAAGCCUGCUAGAAGGUUACGACAGUCAAGAGUUCAGAAGUGUUGGGAUAAGUUCGGUUCUGGACGCGUUUAUCGUCAAAAAGGGACAAGAUUUGUUCCAAAGUAUAGAGAGGAUAGUUGAGGUGUUGCUUGCGACUAUGGAUGAAGUGGUCGAUGACCCUAGAAUAAGACUUAUGAGACCAUUUACUUCACUGACACGUCACCAUUCGAACGCUGUUACAGCGGUACUGUUAGCACAAAAGAUUCCUCUAAAAUCGUGUGUCAUAACUUGCUGGCGGUACUUAGCGCGGGAUGAAAGUCUCUCGACAGCCAUAGUCGAUAAUUUCUUACGUCUGAUGACAUCGAUUGAGUUAUACGAAGAUCCUUAUCACAUUACCGAGAAUCACAUAGCAGCGUUGCAGCCUUUAACUCUUAUUAGCGCCCUCGGAGAGAUGUUACAAGAGGAGGCAAUGAGACCAAUAUGUCUUGCCAAGUUUCCAGAUCUGUUUGCAGUGUUGUACACGACGCUUGCGUGUUACAUGGAAGCGGAACCUCCGGCAUAUUCCGUACCGACCAACAAGGGACAGGAGAGAUUUGGCUUUAUACCAAAUAGAGAGGCUAUUAAACUGUCACCCGCCAAGAUCACCAUUAACACAUUCAACGCGUUUUUGGAAAGAGCUGACUGUUAUAAGAUAAAGGAGGCGUGCUCGCUGUGCCUGAGCGUGGAGCACGACAGCAGCAGCUCGCUGCUGGAGCUGGCGGCGCUGCUGGGCGGCGCGCUCAGCCGCUCGCUGGCCGCGCGUCUGGAGCGCGUGGCGGCGCGCGUGGCGCUGUACGCGCGCUCGCCGCUGCCGCCGCAGCGCUGCGCCGCGCUGGCGCUGCUGGCCGACCUGCUCAACUACCGCUGCAACGACAACCCAGUGCUGACGGAGUCGGUGCUGGCGUCGCUGGGCCCCGGCUGGAAGGACGCGGACGGGCGCGUGCGCGCCGCCAGCCUGCGCGGCGCCGCCAGCGUGGCGCGCCUGCGCGAGCCGGCGCGCGGCCCCGCGCUGGCCGCCGCGCUCGCCGCGCUCAGCGAGGCCGUGGACGCGCCGCCCGCGCCGUCUCCAAUCGACAACGUUCCCCUCGCCGCCAUCCAAGGUCUAAGUCGCCUCAUAACUGAAACAGACAAACUAGACCCGGAAUACGAAAGAGAAUUACUGUCGAUAUCACAGAAAAUACGUCCAUUCAUGAACACGGAAUGCCCGCUACUGAGAGAAAACUCGAUAAAAUUGUUUGGUGUCAUCGCUGGCAGGGUGAAGUCUGAAGCGUUGGUGGACCAGGCCGUGUCGUCCUUACCUUGUUUCUUAUUGCAUUUGUGUGAUAAAAAUUCUUCUGUUGUGAGGGCCAGCAAAUUCACGCUACGUCAAGUAUUCAAAACAUUCAAUGUGAAGAAAUCGAACGAUUUUGUCCAAACACACCUCCUAGAUGAAGGCCGAUUGUACUUGGAUGAGUUUCUAUCAGCCCUAUUAAGACAACUCGCAGACGAAAUGCCAUCCUCAGUAGUGAAGUGUCUACAAACAGCAGUCAAUUAUUUGCACUAUGCUAGAGAUGACAUUAAACCACAUUCGCCAUUGUUGUUGGGCCUCCUCUACUCAGAGCUAUACCGCAUACGUGACUCACACCCUGAAGACACGGAGCUAGACCCCGCUGUGUCCAGGGGGGCGCGCUCCAGACUCCUAACACUGGUGAAGGAUGGAGACCCUCGCGUGAGACAGAGUGCGUCCCUCGCACUUGCUAGCCUCUGUCUCUGUACUGCGGAUGAUUGACGGCUGGCACGUCGGCUUGCUCAUAUAGAUAUGAGGCACGUGAACCGACUGAGAUUGGUGAGGUUCCACUGACUUGGUAAAUAUAACUUGAUCUUCCAUGUAUAUCCAGGAU